AUAAAUCGAAGAGCAACCCGACAUUUCCUCCCACCGCGUUUACGUCACCUCCGGUCUUCACCACAAGCAGCCACCGCCCAUCUCUCUCUCUCUCUCUCUCUCACAAACUAAUCGUCAUUUAUGAAGCUUCCUCCCAUUAAUACAGCGCUCUGAGGAAAAGUCAAAUUCGUAGCUCAUUGGAAAAUACUCAUCAAGCUUUCAAUAAGAAGACUUCACCCUCUCCGUUUUCCAUCAUCAGCUUCCUACGAUCAACUUGAACAAAUAUCUAGCCAAAAAGUCUUGAUUUUUCAGUACAAAAGCACUCAAGAGGUUCUAGAUCGGAGGCCAGUUUUUUAUUUCUUUUUUCCUCUUUGGAGGUAGCUAAAUAAAGGUCAAUUAAUAGAUAAAAAAGUGAGCUUCAUCUUUGAUCCCAUAUUUUCAAUGGAUUCUGACUUCUGGACCUCUCGUCUCGCCGCCGCCAAGCGCCAAUACACGCUUCAGCACAACCAUCAGAGUUCCCACUUAGAUCGGUUGAACAUCGAUGAUUUUGAGGUAGAGGACGAUGUCAGACCCGAUUUUACAUGCCCGUAUUGCUACGAGGACUUCGACAUCGUGUCGCUAUGUUCGCAUCUCGAAGAUGAGCACUCGUGCGAGUCCAAAGUCACCGUUUGUCCUAUUUGCUCUGUUAAAGUUGCUCGGGACAUGUUAAGUCAUAUCACACUGCAUCAUGGACACUUGUUCAAGUUUCAGAGACGUCGCAGGUUACGUAGGGUAGCAAUUCCUAACAGUCAGGCACUUUCACUACUGGGCCGGGAUCUUCGUGAGGCUCAUCUGCAGGCACUUCUAGGGGGUGGUGGACAUCGGUCAAACAAUGCGAAUGUGUCUGCUGCAGCUGCUGAUCCAUUCUUAUCAUCAUUUAUUUUGAAUUUUCCUGCAUCUGAAACAGAAGAAAUAUCAAAAUCUGUGGCAAUCAGUGCUGAGGACACUUCUGCAAAACAUGAGGCACCAGCACAUAUAUGGAAAUCAAGUUUUGAUCCUUCUUUGAGUUACGAAGAACGGGAAAAAAGGAUGAGACAAGCUGCUGGGAGAGCUGGUUUUAUGCAAGAUCUUCUUUUCUCGACUCUGUUGAGUGCCUAAUAGAAGCAAAACCUUUUUUUAAUGCGGAUGAACUCAGGAGGGAAUCCAUGUUCCAGCUCAUUUGAUUUUAUUUCAUCCACGACAGCUGCGGUUAAUCAACCUCCUUUUACCCACUCCACCUAUCCAAUUCCAGUCCACCCAACAGUCUCUCAGCCACGCCUAAAAAUAAACUGAAAAAUGAAAGCGUGCCCAGGUUGAACAUGACAUUCUGGAUCAGACACGAACGACAACAUCAAACGCCGAUGUAUGAAUGUUUUCUUUUCAGAGCUUCAUGAAUCUUAAUGACUGUUUUAUUCUAGUGUUCCAGAAUAUGUUUGAUCGGUUGGCUUCACAAGUUAAAUAAUUUUCCUUCGAAUUUAGAACUUGUUGGUAAAAUAUUUCAUCUAAAUAGAUUAUCUCCUUUGUAAAUGGAGUGGAAACUUUAAGAUAUUUGCCAAUCUUUGUCGGAUAACCUUACAAAAUAGCAGCAAGGUGGUGCUUUUUUCGUGUUUUGUUUUA